GAUUGGGAGGAGUCUAAGCGACGCCGUCGCAGCGGCGGCGGCCGGAAGAGGAGAAGGCGAGGGGGUCAAGAAACAGAGUCGGUGAACAAGACGAGCGGAAUCAGAAGAGGACGAGUAAAAGAAUCAUUUGUGCAACUAGAAGGUCCUCACUUUACAGUCAAGAUGACGAAGCAUUGCGCGUACAGCGUGAGUGUUCCAAUUUCGGUG